AUGACAACUGAAGUUGCAGAAGAGAAGAAAACCACCGCUGCCGCUACCACUAACCCUACUGCUUCCUCACGUAAAAGAAAGUCGAACACUGAGGAACAAUCUGGUUCUAGAAGUAAAAAGACAAAAGCUGAGAAAAAUGAACAAUCUAGUAAUCUUCCUACCUCAAAAAGCUUUUUAUCUACAUCUCUUCCAAAUAGCAGAAUCAAAGUUGAAAUUAAUGGCGAGGAGGUUGAAUUGCCUGUAACAAUUAAUUUCAACGUUUCAGUUCAAGGCUCUAAGAAAUAA